AUGGGUUUACCGCUUCCUCUCUUCAUUUUCAUGCCCUUCCUUCUCGUGCUUUCACUGUUGCAUCUUGUACUCACUCAUUCUUCUCCUUUUAUGCAACCCCCGUGCCAUCACGACGACAGCUCUGCCUUGUUGCAAUUCAAGGAAAGCCUUGUUAUAAACCAGUCUGCUUCUCCUUUUCUUUAUUGUAAAAAAAAUGUUUCGUCUUGGACAGUAGAAGGGGACAAAAGUGAUUGCUGCUCAUGGGCUGGGGUGGAGUGCGAUGAGGACACUGGUCAUGUAAUUGGCCUCGACCUCAGUAACAACUGUCUAUAUGGCUCUAUUAACUCCAACAGUAGCCUUUUUCGUCUUGUUCACCUCCAAUGGCUUGACCUUUCCUGCAAUGACUUUAACCAGUCUCAUAUCCCGUCCCAGGUACGUGAUCUCACAAAACUAAUAAAUCUCGAUCUCCAUUGGUCUAGUUUUUCUGGUCAAAUCCCGUUAGAAAUUUCACAAUUGUCGCACUUGUCAUCUCUCGACCUGUCCAAUAAUUUUAUGGGCUCUCCUGACUACCCCACUUUGGAUCUCAAAAAGCCCACCCUCAGAAGACUAGUUGCAAAUCUGACCCGCCUACAAAAGCUUGAUUUGAGUUUUGUGAACAUUAGCUCUACGGUGCCUAACAUUUUGGCAAAUUUGUCUUCUUUAACAUCCCUCACUCUUGCUGAUUGUGGUUUGCAAGGGGAAUUUCCAAUAGGCAUCUUUAUGCUACCAAAUUUAGAGCAUCUUAAUGUAGGUGGCAAUGAAGGCCUCACUGGCUAUUUGCCUGACUUUACAUGGAGUAGUCCGCUUGAGACAUUAAUCCUCAAAGACACGAGUUUCUCAGGUGAGCUACCAGCUUCUAUAGAAAACCUUGGCAACUUGACGGAGUUGGAUAUGAGUAGUUGCAAUUUCUCGGGGUUCAUUCCAUCUUCAAUUGGUAACAUCACUGAACUCUUUGCUCUUCACCUUUCAAGUAAUUCUCUCAUGGGUAACAUCCCGCCUUCACUUGGAAAAUUUGUUCAACUCUUUGACUUAGACGUUUCUCACAAUCAAUUGACAGGUCCAGUCCCUUUUGAGGUUAUAAACUUACCACCACUGAUGUUUGCUGAUCUUAGCUAUAAUCUUUUGCACGAUGAAAUGCAUUUUGAGCUUUUGAACGGGACAGAAUUGAUCUUCCUUAAACUGAACAACAACCGGUUAAGUGGCCCAAUACUUACUUUUGUGCCUACAACUCUACUAUAUCUUGAUCUUUCUAACAACUUUUUCACAAGCUUUGGUCAUCAUCCAACUUUUCUUCCAUUGACUGAACUAAUAUUUCUUGAUCUCAAGUCCAAUUUGCUUCAAGGAUCACUUCCUAUUCCACCGAUCUCCACUGUACAUUUUGAUAUUUCCAACAACUUAUUGACCGGAAAUGUUCCAGAAUUGUUUUGCAAUCUUAGGUCCCUUCAAGUCUUUGAUUUGGCUAAUAACAGCUUAAGUGGUUCACUUCCUCAAUGCUCGGACAACUUUGAUGCUUCUCUAUCAGUACUUAAUUUGCAAAGGAACAAAUUUCAAGGAAGCAUUCCAAAAACUUGGAUUAAAGGAGGCCAAUUGAAGAUAAUAAAUUUAAGUCAAAACAAAUUUCAAGGGCAUUUAUCGAGAUCAUUGGCCAAGUGUACGAUGCUCAAGGUCCUAGAUCUAAGCAAUAACGAAUUCAAUGACAGAUUUCCCUCUUGGUUGGAAAAUCUUCCAAGUUUAGAGGUUCUCAUUUUGCUGUCAAAUAAAUUCCACGGCCCAAUAAAGACUUCUAAGAGUGAAUACAUGUUCCCAAACUUGCGAAUCAUUGACCUCUCUCACAACAAUUUUGUUGGAAAUCUACCACUAAAACUUUUCGGCAAUUGUAAUGUUAAAACAUCCGAGACUGCAAAUCAUUUGACAUAUAUUCAAGUAAACUCACUUCUUACUGGUUUCAAGAGUUUUGAAUAUAAUUACUCCAUGACAAUGACAAACAAAGGCGAGAUUAUGUUCUAUGAGAAGGUCCAAGAAUUACUCAUGGUUGUUGAUAUCUCAAGAAAUAGAUUUGACGGUGAGAUUUCAAAAUUUAUUGAAAAUUUAAGGGGGUUUCAGUUGCUCAAUCUUUCUAAUAAUGCUCUUACCGGUCACAUCCCACCAUCUUUAGGGAGCCUUACGGAGCUUGAAGCAUUGGACCUUUCUCAAAACAUGUUGUCGGGGAAGAUUCCACAACAGCUAACACAGCUUACUUUCUUAGAAUUCUUCAACAUUUCUCAUAAUAAUUUCACUGGACCGAUACCACGAGGGAAACAAUUUGAUACAUUUGAGAACAAUUCAUUUGAAGGGAAUCCAGGGUUGUGUGGGAGACCAUUGACAAAGACUUGCGAGAAUUCUGAUGAGCUGCCUUCUCAACCUUCCAUCUCUCAAGAAAGUCAAGACUUUGAAUCACCAUUUGAAUUUGGUUGGAAAAUAGUUGUGAUUGGGUAUGGAUUUGGAUUUGCUCUUGGAGUAAUCAUUGGGCCCAUUGUGAUCGCAAGGAAGCAUGAUUGGUUAAUGAAGACCUUCCGAAUAAGGCCACUGAGUAGGAGAAGAGGCCGAAAUUAAAUAAAACAGUCUGGACAGGAUGCCUUCCCAAAGCAAUAUAUGUAAUAUUAUACUCGUGUUUUUUUACUUGUAAUCUUAUUUUUCUGUGUAAUGUGUUUCUUUCUAUUUUUAUUAUUGUUUUGUGUAUUUUGGAUUAGCGUGGCAUUAUGAUGUUGUAUGUAAAAUGUUUUGGUAAGAUUUUUUAUAUAUAUGCUCUUUCUAUAUUGUUUUUGCAA